GUACACUCAUCAGUAUCUUCUCUUGAGAUAUGAAGAAGCUUAAUCAUUUUAGUCAUCCCCAUCCUUUGGUCCUGGUGGAGGAUCAGGAGAUGGAUUCGAUUGGUACAAUUUACUACUGCUCAGCAUGUCAGGAGCGGGUAGAGGGUUCCAGCUACAACUGCUCAGAGUGUGACUUUUGUCUUCAUAAGUCUUGUGCUGAGCUACCAAUGGAGAUUAAUCAUCCCUUUCACACGAGCCAUCCCCUCAUUCUUCGUGACAAGGGGCCAAACUACCCCGAUUCUAAUUAUUGGGCUUGCGAUUCUUGUGAAAAAUCAUACAAAUCAGGUGACGAAGUAUUUGUUUACCAUUGUUCUUCUUGUGAAUUUGAUCUUGAUAUUAGAUGUGCUUUACUUCCUAACUUAAUUGAUGGAGACUUCCCAAAACUGAUACAUUUUUACCAUCAACAUUCACUCUUCUUCAUUGAAAACCACUAUAUUGAACCCCAAGAUCAAUCUUGCUCUGCAUGUGAAGAGCCCAUAUCAGGUCCUGUUUAUUGUUGUUUUGAUUGUGAGUUUUUCCUUCAUCAGAAAUGCUUUGAGUUACCCCUUGAGAUUAACCACCCUAGUCAUCGCAAACACUCUCUUACUCUUCUACCCAACCCUCCACCUCAUCCAGAGAGAUGUUCUUGCCAUUUAUGCUCCAAAGCUUACAAGGGAUUCAUUUAUUGUUGUUCUCAUUGUGAGUUUGGCAUUAUGAUCAAGUAUAUUUUCUCAGACCAUAAAGUGAUAGAAAAUAAGCGUCAUGAGCAUCCAUUUACCAUAGCUCCAAGACCAUCAUCCUCUUUCAUUUGUGAUGCUUGUGGUACAGAUGGGAAGUACUGCAUUCCUUAUGUAUGCACUGAAUGUGACAUUGCAGUUCAUAAGGAUUGCAUUUCACUGCCACGGAACAUCAUGAUAACAAGGCAUGAUCAUCCAAUUUCCCAUAUUUAUUUCUUCAAAGAAAAUCAAGUCAAAGAGAGGGGUUGCAGAAUUUGUCAGAGUGAAAUCAAUACAGAGUACGGGUGUUAUCAUUGUCCAAGUUGUGAUUACUUUGUUCAUGUGGAUUGUGCAAUGGACAAAGAUAUUUUCAUCCAAGAGUAUGAGGUGACAGAUGAAAAUCAAAAUCUCAAUCAAAUAAACUUGGGGUGGUUAAUUGGAGAGCCUUCCAUUACUCGUGUUCUCAAGGAAAAGAAAAUUGGAGAGGAAGUAAUAGCCACAGAGAUUGAACACUUCGACCAUCAAUGCAAAUUAAUACUUUGUAAUGAUGUUAAAGCUGAAAAAUAUUGUGACGGUUGCGGGAGGUCCAUCUCAACUUCAUUUUACUAUUGUGCUGAUUGCAAUUACAUCCUUCACAAGCGUUGUGCUGAGUUACCAAGAAAGACACGGCAUUGGGCUUUUAAGGACACCUUUACUCUUAAAUCUUACGUAUAUGACCGAUGUCGCUUUUGUUGUUUUUACAACAGCGGGCUUGUCUACCAGAACGAUGGAGGUGGUUCAAGUUCCUGUAUUUCAUGUUUUCUAAUUCCCGACACCCUCAUCACUGAAGGACAUAAGCACCGGCUCUUCUUUGAUCACAAAUUUAUUUUCAAAUGCAAUAUUUGUGAUGAUGGUCAUCAGAAGAAAGGGGCCUUUAUAUGCAGACGCAAGGAAUGUGAUCAUUUCACCUUGGAUUACACACAUCUUGUGUUGCUGAACACAGCCCGGUACAAGAAUGAUGAACAUCCUUUGUUACUCACUUACUGCGAUGAUAUUCAUCGUCAUUCGGAUCAAAUUGUCUGUGAUAUAUGUGAAGAAUCAAGAGAUCCAAAUGAAUGGUUUUAUUAUUGUGGAGUCUGUGAUAAUUCUACUCAUUUCUUGUGUGCUCUUGGCAAGUACCCAUUUCUGAAGCUCGGAUUGAUUUGGAAGGAUGAUUUUCAUGAGCACCCUCUCACUUUUGUGAAGAAGGAUUAUUACCAUGACUAUCUUAAAUGCAGUGUUUGUGGCAAGUAUUGUAAAGAAGUAUUCUUCAAAUGUACAAAAUCAGGAUGCGAGUAUGUUAUCGACUGGGAAUGUAGAAAACAUAUUUGGGGAAGUAAGGGGAUAUAAGAAUGUUAGAAGAACACAUCUGCAGGUAAUCGAACAGUCCAUGAUUCAUGUUCUUCAUUUGUUUUUCAGUUUCUUUCUCUUUCGAGUUUCAUUGUACCACAAAUUGAAAAUGUUGUUUGUUGAAUAGGAGUUUGUAAUACAACAACCAAGCGUUG